UUUCGCAGCUAAUGCCUGUGGUAAACAAAAUGCAUUUAUUAUGUCCCGAGUACGGUGGUGUAUAAAGCCUUGGUCCUUCACUUCCUGCCCUAGUUGAUGGCAUUGCAUGGGUUAAUGGGGCGGCUCAGCUUGUAGGUGAAAGGAAUUGCGCAGUGCCGGAAGGAGUAUCUCUGCGCAAGGAACUGCUGUCAGGUAACAUUCCCUCGCUUGUUUGGGGGGCUCGCUGCUGGUUACCAGGUGGCGAAGUGUCUUGUAAAGCAGUCUGCUCGCCAGGGGAUCUAGAUAUGGCAGCUGGACCUAGUAUGUGGGUUGGAAGCGUGUACCUCUAUAUUAAGUCAGACACGGUUCCCCUUCCUGGUAAAUAUACACACCAGAAGGCACUGAUCUAUGAAGCACUAAGGAGUGCAAUAUCGGAAUCUACCAGAGGCUGCAGAGAUUCCAUCGAAAUCCUUAAAAUUCAUUCUAGUGAUCAGCAGCUUAUCCUGUACCUAAAAUUCUGCGGCCUGGAACCAUGUCAGAGAUUUUUGAAGGAUUAUAAGGAAUGCAAAGUGCAGAUGCAGAUCCAGAACAAAUUGAAGAAUUGUUUUUCUGUGGAGGGGCUACCUAUCUUUACAGAGCUCAAAAUUGACACAGGAGAAAUUGACAGUUUACUGGAGAAGGAAGAGCAGUGCCUGAAAUAUAUUAGUCAAAUGAAGCCCACUAUCCAGAAGGAUGACGAAUUGGCUGAGAUUGAUGAACGUUUAAAGAGCAUUAAAUUGGAUUCACCUUCUGCCCUAGAUAGUGAAUUAUCUUUACAGAACUCGUGUCAAUGCUCCCUUCCACUUUCACUCCAUUCCAAUAGGAGUUAUCAUAUUGAAGGCAGCACUUUUCAUUUUCAAGGAGAGGAAUUUGUUGACAGACCUUUGACCUCUGCUCAUAUCCAACACUUUGCCAAAUCAGUGGGCAAGAACUGGAAGCCUGUGGGAAGGUCAUUAGGAAAAACCUGUCGUGCUUUGAAUGACACAGCCAUUGAAAACCUGGCAUAUGAAUUUGACAGGGACGGUCGCUACGAGCAAGCAUAUCAGUUGCUACGCCUUUUUAAAGACAGCGAGGGAAAGAAAGCAACUGUGCAGAGACUUGUGCAAGCUCUGGAGGAAAAUGGUUUGAACAGCAUAGCACUUGACCUGUUAUCUCUGAAUGAAAAUGGACUUAAAUAGUGGAACAAAAAUAUUGCUACAGGGUGGGCUGUGGAGCAGAACAACAUGGUUGCUCCUGGAUAUAUGUGUAAUUUCUUUUAAAAUUAUAUUCCACAGGUGGAACAGGGUUUUUUUUUUCCCAAAAAGUCCAAAUGUUCCACUACCGUCAACAAACAGGAGGGUAAUGUACAUGUGUUGUGAUUAUAAGCAGCACUUUCAGGUGUCACACCACAAUUGAUUUGCUACAUCCAAAGUAUCAGACAGGGUUGGGGACUGCUGAAUUUGGAAGGGUCUUUCCAGGAGCUCAUGAGGCCUAAGUACUGGUUGGUCUGUGACUUACUACAGCUGUAUCAAUUCCUGUCAGGGUUCUGGUUUUAUGACAUAAGUUUUUAUAUAAGAUUGUGGUCUGUGGGAAGUACACCAGAUGUGUGCAUUUACAAUAACCUGUAUUGCCACAGGGCUUUAUUAUCUUUUAAUAGUAGAACUUGUGUAUAUAUAUAUAUAUUUUUUUUUUUUUUGUUAAGAGUAGAUGUAAUCAUUGUACCCUUCAAUUAGUUUUCUUGAGAAGUUGCUCCUGGUUCGGGGCUAUAGCUAUAGCAGGAAAUACUCUAACAUAUAAUACAGUUACAAACACAUUUGCACAAACAUGUAUUUGAAUGUAUGAAAACCUUUAAAAUAAAUGUAAUUAAACAAA